AAACUUCUUGCAAUAUUGGGAACUGAAAAUAGGAAGGUGGGAACUGAAAAUUGCUAUAAAUGGAUGAAAUUGUGCAUUCAAAUUGAGUUCAAUAAGCAAGGCGACUACCCAAAACACAUAAUUUGAAAAUCAUGAAGCAAAACUCAUUGAUUUUGAACGUAAUUUUAUUAUCCUGUAUCCCACUUUUCAUGUGUCAAACUGAUCUGUUAACUGACGACUUCGCUGCACCAACAUCUAGUUUAUCAGAUUCUCAUUUGCCGAAUGCGUUACAAGGUCAAUACGAUGACUCGCAAAUCGACUAUGGGGAAUCAUUACCUCAAUCUCAUCAAUAUGGGGCUACAUCACCAAAUCUUCAGUUGAUAACGAAACAUGUUUAUGUUCAUAUUCCACCUAAUGAACCUGAGUUUCAAUCAAGUCAAACUUUCAAGAAAUCCAUUCCAAAAAAGCAUUACAACAUCAUAUUUAUAAAAGCUCCAACUCCACCGAGACCAACAGUACCGGUCAUUCCAACCCAAGAUGAGCAUAAAACUCUCGUUUAUAUACUCGUGAAAAAACCAGAACCACUGCCCAGAUUGGAAAUACCACAAGCAGAAACGACAGAGCCGUCGAAGCCAGAGGUUUUCUUCGUUAAGUAUAAGGGGAGUAAUGACCAUUAAAUAGUUCCUUUAGGAAUAUCACAAAAUAAAGAAAUAAAAGUUCAUUUGACGUUUUAUACACCUAUUGUUCUUUUGUCAAGUUAUACCCUAGAACCAAAAUCAAGAAAAUUUAAAUAAUAUUUUUCUUCAUUUUUUUUUAUUGUUGAUUUAAUUAGUGAUGACUUUGGCUGUCAUUGAAACCGACAUUUUAGUAUAUUAGUAUUUUAGAUACACCGAUGAAUUCUUGGUGAAUGUUUUUGUUUUUGCAGGAAAAUGACUCCAAAAACCUGAUCUUUUCAUGUUUAUACAAUUAGUGUAAUACAUAUGUGUCGCUGAGCAUAAAAAUGGGUAUACAGAUCUGUUACAGCAACAACCCAACAUAAAAUAUUGUUCCCUAAAAACGUUACAUGAAUUUCUAUCAAACGCGAGAGUAACAUGAGCUAAUACUGUUUCUAAUGCAACUCAUGUUACACUCGCGUUAGAUGGAAAUUCAUGUAAAGUUUUUAGGGAACAAUAUUUUAUAUUCAUUUGUUGCUGUAACAGAUCUGUAUUCCCAUUUUUAUGCUCAGCGACACAUAUGUAAAUAGUUUAGAAUUCAUAUUCAAUAGUUGUUCUCGAAUAGUGUGAAAAUUUUAUUUAUGAACCACAGGUACUGCAUAUAAGCGUCUGACAGCUCACUUCUAGCGCUGCGAAACAAGUGUCAAAAGUUGUGACUCAGAUCGUUCAAUUUUCACUGCAAACUAUUGCAUCUUUUUUAUAUUUGUUAAUAAAGUAGACAGAAAAAUGUGCAAAAUCGAUUUUUGUGAGUGCGUAGCAGAUAAUAAACAUCAAUUUUAUAAGUA